AGGGAUAGCAGAGCUCCAGGGAGACAGGACGGCCCAGCUUGGAGUUCCUAUUCCCAAAGGGGAGAGGGCAGGAGGCCCUGAGGUGGUGGUGGUUGGGGGGGGGAGGAGGAGGAGCAAUGAGGCCCGGGAGCUAGGGCCAGGCCUGCCAGGCCUGGGAGAGGUGAGGCCCCCCCUCCCCACCCCAGCCUGGGCGGGGGCCAUGGUGGUGGCAGCAGCCCCGUCAUGUCGGCCGAGGUCCGGCUGCAGCGGCUCCAGGAGCUGGUGGUCCGUGGAGGCUGGGUGGGUCUGGAGCCCCUGCUCGACCUGCUGCUGUGCGUCUACCAGGAGCUCAGUGCCUCGGCCCUGGCCCAGGACAAGUAUGUGUUGGACUUCCUGCAGUGGGCGGAGCCGGUUGUGGCGAGACUGAAGGAGAUCCAGCUGCGCAGGGACGACUUUGAGAUACUGAAGGUGAUCGGACGCGGGGCGUUCAGCGAGGUGGCCGUGGUCAAGCUGAGGCGCACCGGCCAGGUGUUCGCCAUGAAGAUCAUGAACAAGUGGGACAUCUUGAAACGAGGGGAGGUGUCGUGUUUCCGAGAGGAGCGGGACGUGUUGGUGAACGGGGACCCCCGGUGGGUCACGCAGCUGCAUUUUGCUUUCCAAGACGAGAACUACCUGUACCUGGUGAUGGAGUACUACGUGGGCGGGGACCUGCUGACGCUUCUGAGCAAGUUCGGGGAGCGGAUCCCCGAGGAGAUGGCCCGCUUCUACCUGGCUGAGAUGGUCCUGGCCAUCGACUCCGUGCACCGGCUCGGCUACGUGCACCGGGAUAUCAAGCCGGACAACAUCCUUCUGGACCGCUGCGGCCAUAUCCGCUUGGCCGACUUCGGUUCCUGCCUCAAGCUUCGAGAGGACGGAACGGUGUGCUCGUCCGUGGCUGUGGGUACCCCGGACUACCUGUCCCCGGAGAUUCUGCAGUCUGUGGGCGGCGGAACGGGGGCGUGCUCUUACGGGCCCGAGUGCGACUGGUGGGCGCUGGGGGUGUUUGCCUACGAGAUGUUCUACGGCCAGACGCCCUUCUACGCCGAAUCCACGGCUGAGACCUACGGCAAAAUUGUCCACUACAAGGAGCACCUGACCCUGCCCAUGGCUGAUGCUGGCGUCCCUGAGGAAGCCCGAGACCUGAUCCUACAGCUUCUAUGCCCGAGGGAGGUCCGGCUAGGACGGGCUGGGGCCGGGGACUUCCGCGAUCAUCCAUUCUUCCAGGGUCUUGACUGGGAGGGCCUUCGGGACAGCUCUCCCCCCUUCGUUCCUGACUUUUCCGGAGCCACAGACACCUGCAACUUCGACCUGGUGGAUGACGGGCUCACGGCCAUGGUGAGCGGGGGCGGGGAGACACUGUCGGACCUGCUGGAGAGCCCCCCACUGGGCGUCCACCUGCCCUUUGUGGGCUAUUCCUUCUCCUAUGCUGCUCUCAGUGAAAGUGAGGCCCACGAGGUCAGCCGCCCUGCCCCUAUGGAGCUGGAGCCUGAGUCGACGGUCCCCAGCCCCCCUGAGCCGCCCACCCCAGAGGAGCCUCUCCAGGUGGCCCAGACUCAGGCCGAGAAGGCCACCCAGAGCCCAGAGAAGGAGGAGGAAGAGGAAGAGGGGGCCACCUUGCAAGAGCUGCAAGCCGCCCUGGAGGAGGAGAUGCUGAACCAGCAGAGCCUUCGAAGAGAGCUGGACGCCAUCCGCUUGGCCAACCAGAACUUUGCCAGCCAGCUCCAGGCUGCCGAGAGCCGGAAUGGGGAGCUGGAGGCUCAGAUUCAGCAGCUGCGAGAGCGGAUGGAAGAGUUGCAAGCAUCAGCCAACUCGGGGCUCCCCCUUCCCCCGGCCACGGAGCUGUCUCCCCAUCCAGAUGGCCCCCCGGCCGUGGCUCUGUGCCAGUGCCCCCUGGUGGUGCCCUGCCACCUGCUGCCCUGUGCCCGGGUCCGUAAGCCAGGCGUAUCGGAGGCGCGCCAGCUGCUCCUCGUCUCCGCUGCUCUGGCUCCUGCCCCAACGCUGGGCAGCUCUGGGCUGGGGGCCCGUGCUGGCCCCGGCCCCGGCCCCGGCCCCGGCCCCGCAUGGAGCCUCCCCUGGACGGCUCGCCCCAGCCCCAGAACCGCCUCCGGCCCCCGAGCCCUAGACAUUUCUGGCCCCUUCCCGUCUGAGAAUGGACCCCGGUGUCCCGGGAAGGGGAAGCCGUGGUCCGAGCGCGCAGUCCGGCCUCGCCUGCUCUGUACAUAGCACACGGCCCCGUCCCCAUGAUCCGGACCCGUCCCCGGGGGCUAGGGCGGCGUCAGGAGAGGGAGUCCUGGGGGUAAGGGGCCCGCGAGCCCUGCUCCAGACCGGACGCCGGCCCUCACUGCAGGGACCCCCGCACGCCAGCACGCAACACGCGCCGGGCGCUGCCGCCUCCCUCACUGCUCGCUGCCCUGCUUGAUAUUUAUUGAACUCCCACCGGCCCCGGCCCUCCGCACCAGCCGGACGCCGGGGUCCCCCGAGUCGUGGGUGGCUGCGCUGCCCGGUGCCCAGCCCCCCAUCCCUAUUUAUGCACUGAGAGCCCGACCCAGUAUUUAUUGUCGCCCAAUAAAAAGCCUCUUGGUCUCCUC